AUGUUACAUCAAGCCUGUGGAUUUUUGCUACUGGAUGACUUGAAUACAUUCAUUUACUGUUGCAAAAAAUGCCAGAACCAAUUUGAUUCGGGACCCAAUUUGGAAGUACAUAUUCUAUCCGAUUCAUGUUAUAAUUUGCACAAAUCGGAGCAUCGAGAUGACAACGAAGACGUAAUUGUGAAAGAUGAGAUUUUUGUGGAUGAAUUCAGCUGUGAUACGGAUUCAAUCAAAAUCGAACAAACCACACAGAAUGUUGAUGAAUUGUGGGAACAUUCUGACACACCAAUUGCUGAAUUGUUUGAUUUUCAAAGCAGUUAUAACACAAGAAAUGAAAAUUUAAUCGCCGAAAAACAUUUGAAUUGUGGAAAAUCUGAAACGAAAACUAAUGAAAACCAAACCACACAGAUGCCGCCAAAACAAAACAUUGAUGAGAAGCCGCCAGGAUCAUUAGAAACUGAAAAAUCAUGUCAUAAAAAACACCGAGGACGACCGCCAGGAUCGAAAAAUAGGAAAAUUCAAAGUAACAAUGAAGAGACACCACCAAAAGUACAAGUCGACCAACCCGAGGAAGUCAACAGCAACGAUAACACGAAUAAAAUCGAAAAUAAUAAAAAGAAAAGAGGUCGACCAGCAUCCGGGGUAAUUUUGUGUGAAAUGUGCCCCGAUCAGAGUUUCGAUGGCAACGCGGCCCCAAUCAAACAUUUGAAAAACGGUCAUCUGCCGCCAAAAAAUAAGAAAGAAUGCGAAAAAUGUAAAAGAUGCCCGAGAAACUAUGAGGCACACAUGGAAAAAUAUCAUUCCGAGCAACCGAUGUACAAAUGUGAUUUUUGUGAUGCAACAUUCAAAGUCAAUAUGAGCCGGGUGAUUCAUAUGAGAAAACACACCGGUGAAAGACCGUGGCUAUGUGUUAUUUGUGGAAAGUCGUUUAUUGAUCAGUCAACGUGGCGACAUCAUGAACAGGUACACAAAGAGGUCAAAAAGUUCCAGUGCACUGUGAACACAUGCGAUCGAUCAUUCAGUAGAGCAUAUAGGCUACGUGAUCAUGUCAAUGCGUGUCAUACUCUCGAGAAACCAUUUCAAUGUGACAUUUGCCAGAAGACAUUUGCAUCACAACGGUACUUACGUAUUCAUAAAUUUACACACGGAGAUAAGACGUUGCCAUGCAGAUAUUGCGAGAAGAAAUUUAAACUCUGGGAAAAUCGACAAAAACACGAGAAAUUAGUUCAUAAAAUUAUAAAAUUUAUUGGCAAUGAAACUAAGUGA